UGAGAGCUUACAUAAUGCGCGAGAAUAAAAGAAGAAGGGAAACGUCAUGUCGAUGAUUCACUCUCGUUCUCAAAAGCGAGUUAAAGCUAAGGGAACUUUAAGCACAGGGAGCUGUGUUAGUGCAAACAAAGGGUAUUCAAAACAUACAUAGGGGAAAUAUUUUGAAAAAGAGUGGUUCAUUUGUCGCUGGACAUGUCGUUUUCAUAUCCAACCAAUUGUAUGCCAGUUGGGGAGAUACAGAACAACAUGAACGGUCAACAUGAAGAGCAACUGAAUAAUUUAUGCAGCGGGGAUCAAGAACGAGAAGAUGCAGAGGAAAGGUUGAACUUGUUAUCAGAUUUUAUCGAUGAUGGAGAGGAAAUGGAAGAAGAAUUGGAAGAGGAAGAAGAUGAGAGUGAUAACUCUGAUCCCGAGUCCCCAUCCAUACAAGAUCCCAGUGUUGCUGGUGAAUGCAGUGCUUCCAAUGAAAAUGGUGAAAAAACUCAGAAAAACAAUGAAAUAAAUGGCAACACUACGACUAAGAAAAGGCGUCGCAAGAAAAUAGACCCAAACAAAAGAAAGAAGAUUCGAAAAAUGUUCACUGAGGACAAACUGAACACGGAUACUCUGCUUGCGAUGAAAGAAGAAGAAUCCAGGAUGAAAAGAAUCGAGGAGCAAGCCCACAACCGUGUUAUACAACAGCGGAUGUGAUCUGCAUUAGUAGUGACAGUGAGGAGGAAGAAGAAAAAUCAGCGAUCAACAUAAGUUCCGAUAGUGAUGAUGAUGUCAUUUGUACCGGGGAGGUUCAGAAUGAAGAACGGGAAGAAAUGGAUGUUAAUAACUGUGGUAUGCAUGUGGAAGAUUCCAUGAAUCAACCAGAUGAUCAGGGAAGAGUCCUCGUCAAUGUGAAUCGUCCUCCAACUGAACCAGAGAUCUUCCUUUCUCCUCAAUUGGCAAGAUCAGUGUUGCCACACCAGAUUGGAGGAAUUCGUUUCAUGUUUGACAACAUAGUAGAAUCUCUCACCCACUUUGAGAAAAGCCCAGGAUUUGGUUGUAUACUUGCCCAUUCUAUGGGUCUUGGGAAGACACUACAAGUCAUCUCUUUUAUCGAUAUCUUUCUACGCUACACGACAGCACGCACAGUUCUCUGCGUGGUUCCGGUUAACACUCUAAUGAACUGGGUAUCUGAGUUUGAAAUGUGGUUACCGACGGAAGCAAAGUCGGAAAACUCGAGUGAUUUCUCCCCCCGGCCGUUUCGUGUUCAUCUACUGUGUGAUAACCACAAAAAUAUUGACUCUCGAUCAAAGGUAGUCAGUGAAUGGUACACGCAUGGUGGAGUGCUUUUACUUGGUUAUGAGAUGUAUCGUCUUCUUACAAGUCGUAAACCAAGGAAGAAAAAGGCAAAGAAACCGAGCAAAUCUAAAUCAUCAAUGGUGAUUGAUGUAGAAGAGGAAGACAGACUUUCUUCUUUAUCAGCAGGCAUGCAGGACAGUCUUCUCCAGCCCGGCCCUGACCUGAUAAUAUGUGAUGAAGGCCAUAGGAUAAAGAACAGCCAUGCCAGUAUAUCACAAAUGUUAAAGAACGUCAAAACUAGAAGAAGGGUCGUUCUUACUGGUUAUCCUCUCCAGAACAACCUGAUAGAAUAUUGGUGUAUGGUGGAUUUUGUGCGGCCCAAUUUUCUGGGUACAAGGCAAGAGUUCUCCAACAUGUUCGAACGUCCCAUCUCUAAUGGACAGUGUAAAGACAGUACAGUUGCAGAUGUUAGGUUGAUGAGAUUCAGAUCUCAUGUACUGCAUAGUCUACUGAAGGGAUUUGUACAAAGACGAUCUCACUCUGUCCUCCAGAAGACUCUUCCUCACAAGGAAGAGCAUGUUUUGAUGAUCCGUUUGUCACAGUGGCAGAAAAAGUUAUACAACACGUUCAUUAAACAAAAGAUGGAAGGAGGGUCAGGAAAUUGGUGUAGCUCAGCAAAUCCUAUUAAAGCUUUCUCUGUAUGCUGCAAGAUCUGGAACCAUCCAGACGUCCUGCAUCGAACUGUCCUCCAGAAGACUGACUUGCAAUCCAACGGAAGUGAACUCCUUGAUGCAGACUUUGAUCUUCCGGACCUCAACGUGGACUCUCCAUCCAGGAAAUUAAAACAACUUCCUAAAACCAGUGAGAAUCCCACCAGCUUAGCAAACACUGUGCAAACAAACGCUGUUGGCCCUUUUUCUGCUGACAAACCUGAAAGUAGUUUAGAUUGGGCAAAGGAGCUUCUCACCGGUUACACUCCUGGAAAAGUUGAAUUUUCCGGAAAGAUGGUCGUCCUUAUGAAGAUCAUCAACUCAUCAAUUGAGUCGGGAGACAAGAUCCUCGUCUUUAGUCAAUCUCUGAGCACUCUCUCGCUCAUCGAGGAAUUUUUAUCAAACCAGUACAUCCCUUUUCAGGACCCUCACCAAAUUUCAAGUAAAUGGUGCAAGAAUGAAUCUUACUUCCGAUUAGACGGCAACACUCAUUCAGCUGACAGGGAAAAGAUGAUCAACCAAUUCAACAAUCCUGAGAAUAAAAAGCUGUGGCUAUUUCUACUUUCAACAAGAGCCGGUUGUCUUGGCAUCAACCUCAUCGGUGCCAACAGAGUUGUGGUGUUUGAUGCCUCUUGGAACCCGUGCCACGACGCACAAGCCGUGUGCCGCGUCUACCGUUAUGGCCAACAAAAGACAUGUCAUAUUUACAGACUUGUUAGUGAUCAGUCAAUGGAAAAGAAAAUUUACGACCGACAAAUUUCAAAACAAGGAAUGUCAGAUCGUGUAGUCGACAAGUUAAAUCCAACGCAAGUCUUCUCAAAACAAGAUGCAGUGAAACUGAUGGAAUAUAGCGAUAUAGAGCUUCCCCCUGUUGAUUUAUCCGACUUACAAGAGUUUAUGGAUGAUCCUGUGCUACUUGCUACCUGUCAGCACUGUGGCCACUGGUUGACGAAGAAACCUUUCUUCCACGAAUCUCUUUUACUUGACUGCAAGAACCAGCGACUCACCAAAGCCGAGAAGCGAGCUGCUCAGAAAAGUUACGAGCGAGACAAGCUUGCUUCUGCUGCCUACAACUACAGUCGACCAUCUUACGCAAACUUCUACUCUGGUAAGAAUGGAUCGUCACAACCACCGACCACACAAUCUUCAUUCCUUCCUAGGAACAAAAGUUCCACUUUCCCCUCCAACCCAAAAUUUGGACAAGGAACCCCAAAACCAAUUGCCAACGUCCGCCCCAUGCAAUCCACCCCCAUGCCAAUGAAGCUACAACCUAACCAACCUAAUGGGCAGACUCCUGGAGGAAACAUGUGGUUGUACCAGAAGGCAGGUAUCAGAGUACAGAAAGUUGUUGCUACUGAGAGCAUUCCUCUUCCUCCUAACCCUGCAUCCGAUACUCCGGGAGGACGUAACUGCAUCAGUGCAGGUGAGACAAUCUGGGUAAUUCAGGGCAAGAAAGGAACUUACAUACGAACUUACGCUGGUCGCAUAUUCGCAGUCCGUCCGAAUGACGCAGCAAGAUUCACGCGACUUGCUUCACCUACUCAACCUGAUAAUAAUACACUGAUGCCAGCACAAGGUUUUGUCUCUCAACCAACCAGUCAACCUUCUUUUAAACCAAACAAUCCAUUUCCUACUUCCAACCAAUUCCCCACAUCAACCACAGACUACAUGUCACCCCUCCCCUACGACAGCGGACCCAGCUACACCCAAGCCCCAAUGUACAUGGGUCCAUCUUACCCCAACAUUAAUCCCACCCCUUCUACCCCCCAAGCGAUGCACAUGCCUUCUUAUAUGUCAGAACCGAACCUACAAAACACCUCCAGUUCCAACCAAAUCCCCUCCUGGAGUCAAUCAGAUACAAAUUACGAUUUUCCCCAUCAUCCCACGACCAGUACUAUGGAUCCAACACCGUUAGUAAGUCAGGAUAUUUUAGACGAUUUACUAAGCAGAUAGCCUAGUUAGAACAGCCUCAAACUGAUAGCUGAAUGUAAUUUCAUAUAUCAUAAUCAAAAGUGUGAUAUUCACACUUAUUUUGAUAGAUGUGCUUUCGCGUUUUUGUUUUAGUUGCUAUAUGCUCUAUAUUCUAUAGGGUUGCCUGCUUUUUGGUCUUGUGUAAAAAUAACGUAUAUUUACAUUUCCGAUACGUCUUCAAUGCGAUUUACUUUACACGCACUGUCCACGGCACUGCCUGGUAACAUUUUAAAUCAGUCCCUUUUUUUUUGUUUCUUUUGAAUCAGAACUUUCCCACACCCAACUUUUCAGCUAGCGCAGUAUUUUAUUUAAGGAUAAUUUUUAUUUUUGACGAUUUUAGAUCAUAAUGUUCCGCUUUUUAAUAUCGCAACCAACUUAAUAAUGAGUUUUCUUUCAGACGAACUAUACCUAUGAUCUAUUACAGUCCUUUCUUGUACCUUAGGCGCUAUUUUCCGACAGCUUUUGGCCACAGCGCGUAUAGUACUGCCUUACCAAUCAUGUUGUAUAUGACCCUGUACAUGAAAUCGUACGUGUAGAACUUUUCAAUUGAAAUUGAUGUAAAUUUUCGCUGUGGGACAUCACUUUCGUUAGCAGCCGCAACGAACCAUUCCGUUCCCAAUGUCGACGUAUCUAUUUACUGUAAAGUGAUUCUCAUUUUUCGUAGCACACACGAUACCAAAUCUGGGUUCCUCGCAGGUUGCAGUAAACUUAUAUAAUAAAUUUAUUUAAAUUUCAACUUUUA